CGAUAUCUCGCGCUGUCUUCUCUCCUGCCGGCCAGAUCCAAUCUUCUCUCGAAGUCCAUGGGUCUUCUUGACAAGCUCUGGGACGACACCGUCGCCGGGCCACGGCCGGAGACCGGCCUCAGCAAGCUCCGGAAGCAUUCCACCUUCGCCUUCCGGCCGAGCCCCGGCAAAGAGGAGGCGAAAGAAGGGGGAAGCGGGAAAUUUGAGGGCGACGAGGCGCCAAGGGUGACGCGGAGUAUAAUGAUAAAGAGGCCGACGGGGUGCCCGUCACCGGGGAACGCGACGCCGCCGCUAUCCCCGUCGGGAUCGACGCCUCCGGUGUCUCCGUUUUCCGGAGGAGGAAGAGAAUGGAACCGGUUUAGAAGGAAAUCAUCGUCUGAUGCAUACGAGAGAGGAGGAAUGGCCGGUGUCGGACCACGGAAUCCUGCUCCUCCUUACGAGGUGUGAACUCGACCGUGCUCCUAUCCCUAUCCUUUCUUUUGCUGUUAGACCCAGCAUCCACUACAACCAAGAUAGAGAGAGAGCAACCAAGGACCGGAGAGUGAAAGAGAAGCAUUGAAGUAGAAGCAUGUAAUUUAGAUGCUGGGUGGAUAGGGUUGGGUGGUGUAUCAAUGUAAAUAAAGAGUGAGGGGGCUAUGUGGGUGUUGUUUGUGUCUUGAGUGGUUCUAGUGUUCGUUCCUUUUGUGUUUUCUAAGGCAGGGUGUGGGAGUAGUGUGAGAAUGUGGUUAUGUGGAUUAGGUUGAUGUGUUGUACCUAUUAAGUCACAAGUUGGAGCCUCUUGCUUUUGUGUUUUAUAUGUUUCUCAAGCUGUUUGAGUCGGUGUUCUAUCUA